AACAUCUUUUCAAUUUCAACAGAAGACAAUUUUUACUCUUUCCAAUAUAUUCAGGGGAAAAAAAAAGUAAAAACACUAAAAUGAGAAAUAAAUUUUACCUCAUUCUUUUUCUGUUUUACACAGUUUUGCAACAAAAAGUUUCAACUUCAGUUAUAGAAGACUGCUUUCAAGAUUUGGAUGAAAUUUAUUCGUCAGGAUAUUAUUACGAUCCAACAAUAGAUAAAUGUGUUAAAUUCUUUCAACAUUACUUUAAAAUUAAUAAAAAAUAUGACAGCAAAAAAAAUUGUCUACAAAAUCGCGAUCCUGAUUACUAUAAUCGUCUAGAAGAAACUUUUCCAUCUGUCUAUUUUUACGAUAAAAAAACUGGCGAAUGUACUGGAUUAUUUUAUUCUCAAUUUUUACAUACACCAAAAAAUUCUUUCUCUUCUAAAGAAUUAUGUGAGAAUACCUGCCUAGGCUAAUUAAUAUUAUUUUUUUAAAUAAUAAAAUUUAAUAUAGAGAAAUUUUUUUAAAACUAUUUCUAUAAUAUUAAAAAAAAACUUAUAAAAUUAUAAUACAUCGAAAAUUAAAUUAUGCGAAAGAAUAAUAAUUUAAUCGAACUAUA